AGUACUCCUUUGGAGCACUAUCUCAGCCAGGUCCACACUCAGUCCAGCCUCUGCUGAAGCACAUCAAAAAGAAGGCAAAGAUGAGAGAACAGGAGAGGCAAGCCUCAGGUGGUGGAGAGAUGUUUUUUAUGCGCACGCCUCAGGACCUCACAGGCAAAGAUGGAGACCUUAUUCUUGCAGAAUACAGUGAGGAAAAUGGACCAUUAAUGAUGCAAGUUGGCAUGGCAACCAAGAUAAAAAACUACUAUAAGCGGAAACCUGGAAAAGACCCUGGAGCCCCAGAUUGCAAAUAUGGAGAAACUGUUUAUUGCCAUACAUCUCCUUUCCUGGGCUCUCUCCAUCCUGGCCAGUUACUACAGGCAUUUGAGAACAAUCUUUUUCGUGCUCCAAUUUAUCUUCAUAAGAUGCCAGAGAGUGACUUCUUGAUCAUUCGAACAAGGCAGGGUUACUUUAUUCGAGAAUUAGUGGACAUUUUUGUGGUGGGACAACAGUGUCCUUUGUUUGAAGUUCCUGGUCCUAACUCCAAAAGAGCCAAUACACACAUCCGAGACUUUCUGCAGGUUUUUAUUUACCGCCUCUUUUGGAAGAGUAAAGAUAGGCCACGGCGGAUCCGGAUGGAAGAUAUAAAGAAAGCCUUUCCUUCACAUUCAGAAAGCAGCAUCCGGAAGAGACUAAAGCUCUGUGCUGACUUCAAACGUACAGGGAUGGAUUCAAACUGGUGGGUGCUGAAGUCUGAUUUUCGUUUACCAACGGAAGAGGAGAUCAGAGCUAUGGUAUCACCAGAACAGUGCUGUGCUUAUUAUAGCAUGAUAGCUGCAGAGCAGAGACUAAAGGAUGCUGGCUAUGGAGAGAAGUCCUUUUUUGCUCCCGAGGAAGAAAAUGAAGAAGAUUUCCAGAUGAAGAUUGAUGAUGAAGUUCGCACUGCUCCUUGGAAUACUACAAGAGCUUUCAUUGCUGCCAUGAAAGGCAAAUGUCUCCUGGAGGUGACUGGAGUAGCAGAUCCCACAGGCUGUGGUGAAGGAUUCUCCUAUGUGAAGAUUCCCAACAAACCAACACAGCAAAAGGAUGAUAAGGAGCCUCAGCCAGUGAAGAAGACAGUAACAGGAACAGAUGCAGACCUUCGUCGCCUGUCUCUGAAAAAUGCCAAGCAACUUCUUCGUAAAUUUGGUGUGCCUGAGGAAGAGAUUAAAAAGUUGUCCCGCUGGGAAGUUAUUGAUGUGGUACGCACAAUGUCAACAGAACAGGCUCGCUCUGGAGAGGGGCCCAUGAGUAAAUUUGCCCGUGGGUCAAGAUUUUCUGUGGCUGAGCAUCAAGAGCGUUACAAAGAGGAAUGUCAGCGUAUCUUUGACCUACAGAACAAGGUUUUGUCAUCAACUGAAGUCUUAUCAACUGACACUGACAGCAGCUCUGCUGAGGACAGUGACUUUGAAGAAAUGGGAAAGAACAUCGAGAACAUGCUGCAGAACAAGAAAACAAGCUCUCAGCUCUCCCGGGAACGGGAGGAGCAGGAGCGGAAGGAACUCCAGCGGAUGCUACUGGCAGCAGGCUCAGCAGCAGCAGGAAAUAAUCACAGAGAUGAUGACACAGCGUCGGUGACUAGCCUUAACUCUUCUGCUACUUGUUGCUGUCUCAAGAUUUAUCGAACAUUUCGAGAUGAAGAGGGGAAGGAGUAUGUGCGUUGUGAGACAGUCCGAAAACCAGCUGUUAUUGAUGCAUAUGUACGCAUACGUACCACAAAAGAUGAGGAAUUCAUUCGAAAAUUUGCCCUUUUUGAUGAGCAGCAUCGAGAAGAGAUGCGAAAAGAACGGCGGAGGAUUCAAGAGCAGUUGAGGAGACUUAAACGAAACCAGGAAAAGGAGAAACUGAAGGGACCUCCAGAGAAAAAGCCAAAAAAAAUGAAGGAACGCCCUGACCUAAAACUGAAAUGUGGAGCAUGUGGUGCCAUCGGGCACAUGAGAACAAACAAAUUCUGCCCCCUUUAUUAUCAAACAAAUGCUCCACCUUCUAAUCCUGUUGCCAUGACAGAGGAACAGGAGGAGGAGUUGGAAAAGACAGUCAUUCAUAAUGAUAAUGAAGAACUUAUCAAGGUUGAAGGAACCAAGAUCGUUUUGGGAAAACAGCUAAUUGAGAGUGCAGAUGAAGUUCGCAGAAAAUCUCUGGUCCUGAAGUUUCCAAAACAACAACUUCCUCCCAAGAAAAAACGGCGGGGUGGGGGCAAAUUGUACUGUGAUUUCUAAAAUAGACCUCACAAAUCUAUCCAUCGGCGCCGGACAGACCCUAUGGUGACCCUGUCAUCUAUCUUGGAGUCUAUCAUCAAUGAUAUGAGAGAUCUUCCAAAUACAUACCCUUUCCAUACUCCAGUUAAUGCAAAGGUUGUAAAGGACUACUACAAAAUCAUCACUCGUCCAAUGGAUCUACAGACACUCCGUGAAAAUGUUCGCAAACGCCUCUAUCCAUCUCGGGAAGAAUUCAGAGAGCAUUUGGAACUAAUUGUGAAAAAUAGUGCAACCUAUAAUGGACCGAAACACUCACUGACUCAGAUUUCUCAAUCUAUGCUUGAUCUCUGUGACGAAAAACUCAAAGAGAAAGAGGAUAAGUUGGCACGUUUAGAGAAAGCUAUCAACCCCUUGCUUGACGAUGAUGACCAAGUAGCGUUUUCUUUUAUUCUGGAUAACAUUGUCACUCAGAAAAUGAUGGCAGUUCCAGAUUCUUGGCCAUUUCAUCACCCAGUUAAUAAGAAGUUUGUUCCAGAUUAUUACAAAGUGAUUGUCAGUCCAAUGGAUUUGGAGACUAUACGUAAGAAUAUCUCCAAGCACAAAUACCAGAGUCGAGAGAGCUUUCUAGAUGAUGUAAACCUUAUUCUGGCCAACAGUGUUAAGUACAAUGGGCCUGAGAGUCAGUAUACUAAGACUGCUCAGGAGAUUGUGAAUGUUUGUUACCAGACAUUAACUGAGUAUGAUGAACAUUUGACUCAACUUGAGAAAGAUAUUUGUACAGCUAAAGAAGCAGCUCUGGAGGAAGCAGAAUUAGAAAGCCUUGACCCAAUGACUCCAGGACCUUACACACCUCAGCCUCCCGAUUUGUAUGAUAACAGUACAUCCCUCAGUGUUUCUCGAGAUGCCUCUGUAUAUCAAGAUGAGAGCAAUAUGUCUGUUUUGGAUAUUCCCAAUGCUACUUCAGAAAAGCAGCUAACCCAGGAAGGUGAAGAUGGAGAUGGUGAUCUUGGAGAUGAAGAGGAAGGAACUGUACAACAGCCUCAAGCCAGUGUCCUGUAUGAGGAUUUGCUUAUGUCUGAAGGAGAAGAUGAUGAGGAAGAUGCUGGGAGUGAUGAAGAAGGAGAUAACCCUUUUUCUGCUAUUCAGCUAAGUGAAAGUGGAAGUGACUCUGAUGUGGGAUCUGGCAGUAUAAGACCCAAACAGCCCCGUGUGCUUCAAGAGAAUACGAGGAUGGGCAUGGAAAAUGAAGAAAGCAUGAUGUCCUAUGAGGGAGAUGGUGGGGAGGUUUCCCGUGGUUUGGAGGAUAGCAACAUCAGUUAUGGGAGCUAUGAGGAACCUGAUCCCAAAUCGAACACCCAGGAUACAAGCUUCAGCAGCAUCGGUGGGUAUGAGGUAUCAGAGGAGGAAGAAGAUGAGGAAGAGCAGCGCUCUGGGCCCAGCGUACUAAGCCAGGUCCACCUGUCUGAGGACGAGGAGGACAGUGAGGAUUUCCAUUCCAUUGCUGGAGACAGUGACAUGGACUCUGAUGAAUGAGGCUUCCUUUAAGCCUCUUCAGUCAGCCUAGGUUGAUUACCUUUCCCCAGCUUAUUUAUAUGUGCAUAGUAGCUGAUAAUGAUAUCACCAGAUUACCACUUUAGCUUUAGUAAUAAGUAAAUAGUAAUCAUCUCUCCAGAUCCUGGAGUAGCAAGUUCUUUCCCCUAAUCACUGCCAAGAAGAGAGAGCAGACUCACUCUUCCCCAUUACACUCCUUUAAUGCCAUUUAUUGCUGUUGGUAUAUAAACAUGGCACCGUUUCACUUUCUAAUUUGCAGGCUGGAAUAGAGAAUUAGGUACUUAUGGGCUGGCUCUCUGCCACGCCUAAAAUACAAACAUAUUGGACAAACUGUAUUAUUUGGAUAUACAGUACCUUGUUCCUAAAUAGAUAACAGGGACAUACUAUAAAUCUUUGAAACAGCCUAUGUAUCCAAAAUGAUAGGUGUCCAUGUAAAUGUGCUCUCCUCUGCCGUAGGAAAAAUUAUGGGUAAAUGGUAAGCUUCUUAGGGCAAAGACUAUCUUUUGUUUCUUUUUUUGCUUAAGAUGUGGUUUUAUGCAAAGUAGCUACUCAGCAAAUGUUCUUAAAAUCAUGAAAUCCUAACGAUGUAUUACUGUGUAGCUGUUCCAUGCCAAGCACUCUAUCAAAUCAUUGGAGUGCAAAGGUCUAAGUAAGAGCUUGUCAUCAAGUUGGGGGAGGGAGAGUGGAAUUCAAACCAUGUUUAUAAAUUAUAGAACUGUAAGACAGGUACAAUUAAGAAGCUUAGCUGUAAAGUGUAAAGAAAAAUUGAAAAGAGGUCAUGUGUGGAAAAGCAGAGAAGCCUUCCAGAGACCACCUGAAAGCUGAUUGUUGAAGUCAUUGGUAGGAGUGUACCAGCCCAAAAAGUCCAGGUAGGGUGUUAUCAUGAAGGGAAAUGUUCAAAGUCUAGAUAUGACAGAAUGUAUUCCUUAUUUGUUUGUACCUGCCUUGUUUCAGAAAGGAUGCUGGAAUGACUAGACAUGACACUGAAAGACGGACAGGAAGCAUAUCUUCAAGAGCUUUGCAUUUGAGCCAGGUGGUGGCGCACGCCUUUAAUCCCAGCACUUGGGAGGCAGAGGCAGGUGGAUCUCUGUGAGUUUGAGGCCAGGCUGGUCUACAAAGUGAGUUCCAGGACAGCCAGGACACAGAGAAACCAUGUCUCAAAAAAACAAUAACAGGGAGAGAGAGAAAUUUUCAUUUGAUACCAGCGAGUGAAUUUUUUAUUUAAGGAAAUAAAGUCUAGAGAAGUACAUUAGAUUUGUUUCAGAAACUUUCUGAAUAUUGAAGAUAGAAAUUGAGUCAAAUAAUAGAAGUGUAUGAUCCCAUUUGUAUGAGUCAAAAAUCAGGUGUAUAUGAUAUGUUUGUAUAUACUUGUAUGUGCAAAGGAAAAGAUCUGAAAGAGUAUAUGUUAAAUUGUUCAGAAUGAACCUUGUGGGGAUAGGAAUGGAGAGGAGGUGGUUCAUUUAGUUUAUGUAUACUGAGUGAAUAUUCUGCUUUUAUUUCUGUAUCAUUUGCAUUUUUAGUGUGUAUUAUUUUUAUAAUAAAAGUUUUUAAAAUACUGA